AUGCGCAUUACAGACCCACGCCACGACAAGAAGCGCAUAGAGGAUAUUAAGGGUGGACCUCUAGAAGAGUCCCGACUGCUAUGGGUCAAGGGCGAUCCUGGCAAGGGCAAGACUAUGCUGCUUUGCGGCAUCAUUGACGAGCUGGAGAAGUCAGUGGCUAAAACAGAUCUUUUGUCAUACUUCUUCUGCCAGGCCAUGGACUCGCGGAUCAAUAACGCUACAGCCCCAUCGCUUUUUUCCUAUAUACAGAAAAAGUAUGAUCACGCUGGUGAAGCGCUCUUUGGGGAUGCGAAUGCCUGGGUUGCUUUAUCUGAGAUUUUUAGCAGCGUUCUAAAAGACCCCAAUUUGAACAGUAUCUAUUUAAUCGUUGACGCGCUCGAUGAAUGCAUAGUAGGCUUGCCGGAAUUACUAGGUUUUAUCGCACGGAUGUCGUCUAUAUCUCCCCGUGUUAAAUGGAUCAUCUCUAGUCGAAACUGGCCAGUUAUUGAGAAAGAGCUCGACGCCGUAAUGCAGAAGGCGAGAUUGUGUCUUGAGAUUAAUCAAAAAUCAAUCUCCAAUGCUAUUGCGACAUAUAUCCAGUUUAAAGUUGAUUGGCUAGCAAAGCGAAAUAAAUAUACUACUAGUGUACGGGAUGCUGUCCACCGUUACUUAUCGCUAAACGCAGAAGGCACUUUUCUUUGGGUAGCUUUAGUCUGCCAGGAGAUGUCUAACACCCCUAGAUGGAAGGCUCAGCAGAAGGGUUCAGAGGAUGUCGACCUUUGUAAACGUGUACUGGCUAUUACUUUGACUGUGUAUCGCCCCAUCACAUUAGACGAGCUAGAAUCUUUUGUUGAUAUGUCUAACGGAGUUAAUAGCGAAUAUGAAGCUCUAUCUGAGAUUAUAGGGCUCUCAAAGGAUUUUCUACUCGCAAAGGCAUUUAUUGAGAUCUUUCCAUCCAGGAAGGAAGAGACCCACCAUGAAAUCUUCUCAAGGUCACUUAAGGCUAUCUCUAGGACUUUGCGACGAGAUAUCUACAGCUUAGGUGCCUUAGACUGCCCUAUCACGCUAGUGAAACAGCUAGAUCCAGACCCGUUAGUGGCGUUACGCUACUCGAAUAUCUAUUGGGUCGAUCACCUCUGUGACUGGAAUUCCAACUCUAUAAACCAGGGGAUCAACUCUCAGGACAAAGGCAAUAUCAAGAACUUUAUAAGAAAGAAAUAA